AGUUUCGGGCGCCCAGGUCUGCAGCUAGCGCCUGGCAGAGCCUAGCCCCGGAGCAGACCGACGCCGGAGCCAGUGGAGGAGCGCGCAGCCGGGGCCAGAGGCGCCGAGCACGGAGCAGCGGAGGGUGAGCGCAACUUUGCACCGCCCGUCCCCGCGGCCGGCCGCGCUUGACCAGUGCUUCUCGGGAGGCUCCCGGCGGCAGCCGGGGUCACUUCUUGGCGCUCCGGACCUGCGCUCCGGCCGGCCGGGAAGAUGAUGAUGAUGUCCCUGAACAGCAAGCAGGCGUUCAGCAUGCCGCACGGCGGCAGCCUGCACGUGGAGCCCAAGUACUCGGCCCUGCACAGCGCCUCUCCCGGCUCCUCGGCCCCCGCGGCGCCCGCGGCCAGCUCUCCCGGCAGCUCCAGCAACGCCGGCGGCAGCGGCGGCGGCGGCGGGGGCGGCGGAGGCCGGAGCAGCAGCUCCAGUAGCAGCGGCAGCGGCGGCGGCGGCGGUGGCGGCGGGGCUUCCGAGGCGAUGCGGAGAGCGUGUCUUCCAACCCCACCGAGCAAUAUAUUCGGCGGGCUGGAUGAGAGUCUGCUGGCCCGCGCCGAGGCUCUGGCGGCCGUGGACAUCGUCUCCCAGAGCAAGAGCCACCACCACCACCACCCGCCCCACCACAGCCCCUUCAAGCCGGACGCCACCUACCACACCAUGAACACCAUCCCGUGCACGUCCUCCGCCUCCUCCUCGUCGGUGCCCAUCUCGCACCCGUCCGCGCUGGCGGCGGCGGGCACGCACCACCACCAUCACCACCACCACCAUCACCACCACCAGCCGCACCAGGCGCUGGAGGGCGAGCUGCUGGAGCACCUGAGCCCCGGGCUGGCGCUGGGUGCCAUGGCGGGCCCCGACGGCGCCGUGGUGUCCACGCCGGCUCACGCGCCGCACAUGGCUACCAUGAACCCCAUGCACCAAGCGGCGCUCAGCAUGGCCCACCCUCACGGGCUGCCCUCCCACAUGGGCUGCAUGAGCGAUGUGGACGCAGACCCCCGAGACCUGGAGGCGUUCGCCGAGCGCUUCAAGCAGCGGCGCAUCAAGCUGGGGGUGACCCAGGCGGACGUGGGCUCCGCGCUGGCCAACCUCAAGAUCCCCGGCGUGGGCUCGCUCAGCCAGAGCACCAUCUGCAGGUUCGAGUCCCUCACGCUGUCCCACAACAACAUGAUCGCGCUCAAGCCCAUCCUGCAGGCGUGGCUCGAGGAGGCCGAGAAGUCCCACCGCGAGAAGCUCACCAAGCCCGAGCUCUUCAACGGCGCCGAGAAGAAGCGCAAGCGCACGUCCAUCGCGGCGCCCGAGAAGCGCUCGCUGGAAGCCUACUUCGCCAUCCAGCCGCGGCCCUCCUCCGAGAAGAUCGCCGCCAUCGCCGAGAAGCUGGACCUUAAGAAAAACGUGGUGCGAGUCUGGUUCUGCAACCAGAGGCAGAAACAGAAAAGAAUGAAAUAUUCUGCGGGCAUCUAGGAGAGACCCUUGGCCUCUCCAGGGACACAACCCCCUCCUCAUCCCCUCUUCCCCCCCCCUCCCCUGCCUCUUUUCUUUCUUCGUUUGGCGACCAGAAAAUAAUUCCAGUCAAUGUGAAUCCACAGAAAAGUGGGGGAUUGGAGAGGGAGCGCGCAGCUGAGCCGCAAGCCCCGGUGAGAAUGUGAAACGGCAACUCCUGCGAGGAAAGAAAAACAAAAGAAGGGAUUUGUCCAGUUGCAGCAAAGUUGUCCCUUUGAACCCCACCCCACCCCACCCCGGAAAAGGCACCUGGACUUCUGCGGAGGAAGUCUGGGAGCCGGCUAUUUGCGGGAAGGCAGAAGAGAUAGCCUUUUGAAAGGCCCUCCAGAAUGAUCAAGUAAGAUUUGUUUUUAUUCCUAAAGACAUCACCCUUGCUCAAGUUUAAAAGUACACGUUGCAGCUAUUUUUCAGAAAUAGAAAUUGAUUCAGGACUGAAACUUUAAACUAGAGUUGAUGCUUAAUGUGACAGAGACAUCUCUAAAGUAUUUUGAAUUUUAAAAAAAGAUGGCAGAUUUUCUGCAUUUACACUGUAUAUUAUAUAUAUAUUUUUAUUGUGGUUCUUACCCCCCCUUCUUCCUUCUUUGAAGUGUUAAUGCUUAAGAAAGGAGUUGCGCCUGCUGUGUUCACUGAUCUUGAAAGCUAUUAUUAGAUUAUUGCCGCACAACCCUCUGUAAAUUAUUAAUUUAUCUCUCUGGCAACCUAAUUUGUAAACAUCCUAAUUAAUUAAACUUCUUUAGUCUUUAAAAAUGGGGGGAAUGUAUGGCUAGUGAAGUUAAAAAAUGUUUAUGUUUGAUGAGUCUACUGAAUUUUUACAGUUUUCCUAUUAACACUGUGUUUCUUUCAGCCCAUUUGUAUAUGCUCACUUGGAAUGAAGAAUUUUUUUCUUUGUUUUUACUGGUAGUGUUCUGAUUUGUGAGUUGACACUCAGUAAUGGAUGUCUUAAUCGUGUAGACCUGAUUCACUGUCCAAAGUAUUGUUUACUUUGUUACAUAUUUAAUGGGGGUUCCCACAUUAUCCCCACUGUACAUGCUCUUACACACCCUUUUACACACACACACACACACACACACACACCUCUGAUGGGAGAGAAGAAGUGAAGCUGUUGGAAACAUGACUAUAAUGCAUCAUUUUCUAGCUUUAGGCGCAUUUGCCACUUGGUGUUUGUUCUUCCAGAUUCUCAGAUUCCACCAAGGUAUUUCAGUCUUCUGGUUUUCAAUUGCUUUGUUAAUUACAUUUUAACAUUUACAGGAUUCCUUCCAUUUUUCCUUUUGGAGGUUUGUUUGUAGAAAAACUAAUUUGAACUUUAAGAAAGACAGUGCACUGCUUGUAAAUUCACAUUGUUUGGUAAAAUUCUUUUGGAACAAAAAAAAUGGGUACACGACGACUGGUACCUUAUUUAUUGUAAAUAUUUCAUUCAAAAUGAUACACAUAUAUUCUUACAAAUUUUGCUGUAUUGCUGUCCCAUCUGAGGAUCUCCAAAUUCUUGAGUUCUGUAUAUGAUCUGGUUUCUUGUUUUUGUUAAUAGAUGGUUUAUUUACUAUGGUAAUGUAUUAUUUUUGGUGUUGUUUGAUUGUCAUUGAAGAGAUGAUUUUAAUGUUUUAUUGGCAAAGUAUGCUGCUUUUUCAUUAAAAUGUGCUAUUAAAAUUAAACGGCUUUUAAAA